GUCGCCGUUACCCUUCGCCUCCCCGCGCCGCUACACCUCCGAUCCUCCUCAGACCGAGAUCCAUAUUCAGAGGCUACAACUUAUCUUCCUCUUUGGAACAGGUCACAGAACUAUAAGGAGCCAAGAUGGUGGUUUUGUUCAUAGUGUUUAGUUAACAUCCAAAUUUUCUUUUCUGUUUUCCUUUUCUUUAUUAUACUUGUACAUCUGGAUUGUAUAGUUGUAAUUGAAAUGGAUUGGAGUUUAUUUACACUAAUCAACUUCACACACACACUGGACACGUGGUUAGUGAGGUAGACAUGCAUGGGAACUAAUGUCCCAACAUGGUUUAGUUAAGAUAUAAAAAUCUGAGUUAAAGAGGCGAUAUAACCAUGUGAGGAAUCAUAACUCUUUAGAAUAACCUUCCAGUAUUCAUAAUGUGGAUUCAAAACUUCAUCGUGAAAAGGAUGGUUGUAAUUGUGGAAGUGUAUGCGAUAUUGUUUGCUAUUACAUAUUUGGGAAGACUUUAUGAAGUUCGGUUAUAGAAAUGCGAUGGACAGUCAAUAGCUUCAACCAUGUGUUAGUCUCAGUUAAAGGAGUAAUUUCCUUGCUAGUGAUAUUGGGAUGAACUACUUGUCACAUUACCGUAGUGCUGAGGUUCUUGGUUGUGAGAUUAGCUGGGAUUGCAGUGUUUUCCUCAGCAAAUCUUCCCUCAACUACAGUUGGCAGAAGAAAGGUGAAUGCUAUCAGAGGCAACCUGAAUUCUAAUAUAAAUUUAGAACAUGAAACCUUUAAAAAUUUGUAGUUUUAACUUUUCAUUUUCUAUAUGAAUUCUCAGUUAUUUCUUAAAAGGUCUUUUUUUCCCCUUUUUUCGGUUCUUUAAUAAGUGAUACCAAAUGGUCUUUAAAGUUUCCAACUUCUACAUGAUUGAGCUUUCAGCAUCCACCUUAUCAUGAGAAGUUGGAAACACAAGUUUCAAAUGAGGCGGUGAAACAUACGCCUGUAAUGGGGUUGGGGUUAGGUUUGUAGAAGGAAAAUAUUGCAAGCGACGCGGAUUUCUACAAUCUUGAGAACUUGGUAACGAGGUGAUUGACGAAGUGACAUUCCCAUGAUUGCUAUUGGGGAAGUACCCUGAAAAACUGGGUUGACAUGGUUUGUUGUACCGGUUGCUUUGUUCAUCACAUUUCUUUUCAAUCGAAUUUUGUCGAAGUCUUUCAGAUAUGUUCUGGAAAGUAAAUAUCAAGUGCACUUCCAUGAUGCGUUUCCUUUCUACGGUUAAAGUUUUGUUCUACAAAUUGCAUACUGGUUUGUUGUUUUAUGGUGUUGUUGAGACCUUAGCUAAGGUUAUAUCGUAAUCUCUUUUAAGCUUAGAUUAUUAAAUCAUGGGGUCAUGU